AUGGUACAAAAAUCCCUUGGGCUCCGUGUGUCAUACGCUUUCUUUUUUCUUUCUUCCGAUUUUCCCGUCGUCGAUGGCUGCUUUUCUAUGCUAAUUUCGUCGGGCGAUCUCAGUUUCCGGUUUUGUUGAGAUGGAUUGUGUCACUCCCAUGUUUCUCUGGUGUGCUGGAGUAGUGGAUAUGGACGCACUUGCUCCGAGGCAUCUAAUUUUUGCAUCUCAGAAAAGUUUUACUUCUGGAAGGAAAUCGUUGAACUCUGUUUUUUCAAGGUCAAUUUGUUCUCGGUACUCGGUUUCUCGAUUUCGAAUUCGUGCAAAGCGUUCGCGUUUUCAAGAUUUUCAGGAUUAUGCCAAACCUUCACAUCUUUUACAAGCCUCGGAAGUGGAGGUCUGCACGAAAACUUCAAUUGAGAAAAUCCUAUCAUCUAUGAAGGGAGAUGAAUCUCAUGUCUUGUUCAAGGUUGAUAUAAGCACUAGCAAGCUCUAUGGAUCUAGUCUAAGUGACAUGAAUGCUGGAAUUCUCCUGUGCUUGAUAGAUGAAAAGGGUAAUUCUAUAUUACAGAGAAUACCUGCAAGUUUGACGACAGAUCAUUAUCAUUCAGAAGAAAAGGAUGUUUUGGAUGGUCCUGAAAUUCUCUUAUUCCAAAGAGGUUCUUCGGAUGAGUUCGUCCUCAAGGGACCUAAAUUGGGUAGAUUAGAAUCUGUCUGGCUCAGCGUUGAUUCAGGCCAGUGGAGACUUGGAAGUCUAAGCUUGUAUGUCAUAUCUCAGUCGAAAUCUGAAGGGCAUGAGCUUCAAUACAUGGGUGUCAAGUAUGAAUUCCCAGCCGAGGAUAUAUUGCUCGGGGAGGGCAGCGACAAAUCAAUGGUAGAACUUAGGCCUUGCCUGGUAUCAGAAGUACGUGGAAUCGAGCCCUUAUUCUUCCUGAAUGGAAGCUCCAACCUUUCAAAUUUAGCCACUAUUGACAGUAUUUCCAAUGAGGAAAGCAUGAAAGAAUAUGCAGACUUGAAGCUCUCUUUGCUUACUUAUGAUGCCUUAUUGAUUCUAGCUGGCACAUCUGUUUCAUCCUUCUCAGCUGGUGAAAAUGCCGGUCUUGCAUUCUUAGCUGGUGGCAUUCUUGGUUUCUUGUAUCUGUUGCUCUUGCAAAGAUCUGUGGACGAAUUACCUGCCCCGACUUCAAAUUAUGAAACAACUGGGAAUGAAGAUCGACGAUAUAGAGGCCCUUUAUCGGUCUUGGCACUGGCAGUUGGACUUUCCAUUAUUACAGUUAAGUUCAACUUGGGAGAUUCAACCAUGAUGCUGUCACCUAAAGAAGUGGUGAUAGGAAUGCUGGGAUUUCUUGCGUGUAAAGUUGCUGUCGUUUUGGCUGCAGUGAAGCCAAUGGCGCUCGGUCGUAAGGUAAAUGAAUGAACAUGAAUGUUCUUGAUUGGAAUAGCAAGAUAGUAUACGAACCAUACAAAUUGGCUAGUAAAUAGGGGAAAGAAGGAAAUAAAAGAAGAAAAAAGAAAGAAAGUGACGAACAUAUCAUGUAGGUGAAGAAUACUUGUAAAGAAUGUAGGAAGAAUAUGUACAUAUCAUCAUGCUUUUGCAUCAAUCCAAAGCUCCAUAGUGUCCCUUAUUUGGGUUUUA